CUUUGCUCCGAGAGGCCAGGGCUGCUUUUCCCGAUUCCUGGGGCUGGCCUGUGCUGCUCACUUAUCCUCAGCUCCUCCAAGGCCUGCUCGAGCCCUUUUUGUGGCCCCCCUUGGCUGGGAUUUUUCUGGGGCGCCCCACCUCUCGGCUUAACUUGCCCUGGGAGGACGACUCUGGCUGGGUUGUUCCAGAAACGGGUCGUCCUUCCUCUUUAAAGAAACGGGCCUUUUCUGUGGGGGCAGGCGAGAGUGAGCCCUUUGAGCCACCCCAAAAACUCUGUUCCCAGCGGCCCCCGGGCUUCAGGCUGUGCUGGAGCAGGUCGGGCUGGCUGCACUGGUUUGCCCGUGCGGGGAAACCUCGCCAGGGUGUGGGAGAAGUGCGUGCGGGGGCCCCUCUCCCAAGUUUUUCUUGCUGCAAAAGGCCUAGCUUAGCCGGUCUUUUCUAUGCACAGGGUGGCUCUGGCUCACCCGAGCCUCACAAAGAUAAUCGCAGAGGAAGUGUUUCAGCCAAUCCAGGCCGGCUUUACACUCCGAUUUGCCAGGGCAGCCAAUCGGGGAUGAGCUUUUAUUAGGCGGCCAGAUCAUCAGCCGAAGUGCCAAACCCUUUUUCUGUGAGAACUAGGAGCCUGUCCUCCAUGUUUUAUAAGUAUUGACAUUACACAGUGUUAACAAUGCAUCCACAGAGCUUGGCUGAAGAGGAAAUAAAAACAGAACAGGAGGUGGUAGAGGGUAUGGACAUCUCUACUCGCUCCAAAGAUCCUGGCUCUGCAGAAAGAACAGCCCAGAAAAGAAAGUUCCCCAGCCCUCCGCAUUCUUCCAAUGGCCACUCGCCACAGGACACAUCCACAAGUCCCAUUAAAAAGAAAAAGAAACCAGGCUUACUGAGCAAUAAUGAGAAGGCGCAGGACGGACGGAAUGAUUUCUACUGCUGGGUUUGUCACCGGGAAGGCCAAGUCCUUUGCUGUGAGCUCUGUCCCCGGGUUUAUCACGCUAAGUGUCUGAGACUGACAUCGGAACCAGAGGGGGACUGGUUUUGUCCUGAAUGUGAGAAAAUUACAGUAGCAGAAUGCAUCGAGACCCAGAGUAAAGCCAUGACAAUGCUCACCAUUGAACAAUUAUCCUACCUGCUCAAAUUUGCCAUUCAGAAAAUGAAACAGCCAGGGACAGAUGCAUUCCAGAAGCCCGUUCCAUUGGAACAGCAUCCCGACUAUGCGGAAUACAUUUUUCAUCCCAUGGACCUUUGCACAUUGGAAAAGAACGCUAAAAAGAAAAUGUAUGGCUGCACUGAAGCCUUCCUGGCUGAUGCCAAGUGGAUCUUGCACAACUGUAUCAUUUAUAACGGGGGAAAUCACAAAUUGACGCAAAUAGCAAAAGUAGUCAUCAAAAUCUGUGAACACGAGAUGAAUGAAAUCGAAGUAUGUCCAGAAUGUUACCUAGCUGCUUGCCAAAAACGAGAUAACUGGUUUUGCGAGCCUUGUAGCAAUCCACAUCCAUUGGUCUGGGCAAAACUGAAGGGGUUUCCGUUCUGGCCUGCAAAAGCUCUGAGGGAUAAAGACGGGCAGGUCGAUGCCCGUUUCUUUGGACAACACGACAGGGCCUGGGUUCCAAUAAAUAAUUGCUACCUCAUGUCUAAAGAAAUUCCUUUUUCUGUGAAAAAGACGAAAAGCAUCUUCAACAGUGCCAUGCAAGAGAUGGAGGUGUACGUGGAGAACAUCCGCAGGAAGUUUGGGGUUUUUAAUUACUCCCCGUUCAGGACGCCCUACACGCCUAAUAGCCAGUACCAGAUGCUGCUCGACCCCACCAACCCCAGUGCGGGCACUGCCAAGGUAGAUAAGCAGGAGAAGGUGAAGCUCAACUUUGACAUGACGGCGUCCCCCAAGAUCCUGAUGAGCAAGCCCAUGCUGAGUGGGGGCACGGGCCGCAGGAUUUCCUUGUCGGACAUGCCACGCUCCCCCAUGAGCACGAACUCUUCCGUGCACACGGGCUCCGACGUGGAGCAGGACGCGGAGAAGAAGGCCACUUCCAGCCACUUCAGUGCGAGCGAGGAGUCCAUGGACUUCCUUGAUAAGAGCACAGCUUCUCCGGCUUCCACCAAGGCAGGACAAGCGGGGAGUUUAUCUGGCAGCCCGAAACCCUUCUCUCCUCAAGCGUCUACACCAAUCACCACGAAAGCAGACAAGACGUCCACUACCGGAAGCAUCCUGAACCUUAACCUGGAUCGAAGCAAAGCCGAGAUGGAUUUGAAGGAGCUGAGUGAGUCUGUCCAGCAGCAGGCUGCCCCGGUCCCUCUCAUCUCUCCCAAGCGGCAGAUUCGCAGCAGGUUCCAGCUCAACCUUGACAAGACCAUAGAGAGUUGCAAGGCACAAUUAGGCAUAAAUGAAAUUUCAGAAGAUGUGUAUACGGCUGUGGAGCACAGCGAUUCUGAGGAUUCUGAGAAGUCGGACAGCAGCGAUAGCGAGUAUAUCAGUGACGAGGAGCAGAAGUCCAAGAACGAGCCAGAGGACACGGAAGACAGGGAGAGCAGUCGCAUGGACAAAGAACCGUCUGCAAUGAAAAAAAAGCCCAAACCGACAAACCCAGCGGAGGUUAAAGAAGAGCUGAAAAGCACAUCCCCAGCCAGUGAAAAAGCAGACCCGGGGGCCGUCAAGGACAAGGCCAGCCCAGAGCCCGAGAAGGACUUUUCCGAAAAAGCAAAACCUUCGCCUCACCCUCCAAAGGAUAAACUGAAGGGAAAAGAUGAGACGGAUUCCCCCACUGUGCAUUUGGGCCUGGACUCCGAUUCAGAGAGCGAACUGGUCAUAGAUUUAGGAGAAGACCAUUCUGGGCGGGAGAGUCGAAAAAAUAAGAAGGAACCCAAAGAAGCGUCUCCCAAGCAGGAUGUUGUGGGUAAAGCCCCACCGCCCACGACGGCGGGCAGCCAGUCUCCCCCCCACACACGGUGCCCCUCCCAAACUCCCGCGGCCGGCGUCACCGCCGCCACCAGCACGACGUCCACGGUCACCGUCACAGCCCCGGCCACCGCCGCCACAGGAAGCCCAGUGAAAAAGCAGAGGCCGCUUUUACCGAAGGAGACUGCCCCAGCCGUGCAGCGGGUCGUGUGGAACUCAUCAAGUAAGUUUCAAACGUCCUCCCAAAAGUGGCACAUGCAGAAGAUGCAGCGCCAGCAGCAGCAGCAGCAGCAGAGCCAGCAGCAGCAGCCUCAGUCUUCCCAGGGGACGAGAUAUCAGACCAGACAGGCUGUGAAAGCUGUCCAGCAGAAGGAGAUCACGCAGAGCCCGUCCACGUCCACCAUCACCCUGGUGACCAGCACACAGUCGUCACCACUGGUCACCAGCUCGGGGUCCACAAGCACCCUGGCGUCCUCGGUCAAUGCAGACCUGCCCAUCGCCACCGCCUCAGCCGAUGUCGCCGCAGACAUCGCCAAGUACACUAGCAAAAUGAUGGAUGCAAUAAAAGGCACGAUGACCGAAAUCUAUAACGAUCUUUCUAAAAACACUACCGGAAGCACCAUCGCUGAGAUUCGCAGGCUGAGGAUCGAGAUCGAGAAACUUCAGUGGCUGCACCAGCAGGAGCUGUCGGAAAUGAAACACAAUCUGGAGCUGACCAUGGCGGAGAUGCGGCAGAGCCUGGAGCAGGAGCGGGACCGGCUCAUCGCAGAGGUGAAGAAGCAGCUGGAGCUGGAGAAGCAGCAGGCGGUGGACGAGACCAAGAAGAAGCAGUGGUGCGCCAACUGCAAGAAGGAGGCCAUCUUCUACUGCUGCUGGAACACCAGCUACUGCGACUACCCCUGCCAGCAGGCGCACUGGCCCGAGCACAUGAAGUCCUGCACCCAGUCAGGUAACGCCCUCCCACCGCCCCUGCAGGAAGCAGACACUGAGGUGAACACAGAAACACUGAACAAGGCGUCGCAGGGGAGCUCCUCCAGCACGCAGCCGGCCCCCUCGGAAACGGCCAGCGCCUCGAAGGAGAAGGAGACUAAGGACAGUGGCUCGACCCUCGACCUUUCUGGCUCCAGAGAGACGCCCUCCUCCAUUCUCUUAGGCUCCAACCAAGGCUCUGACCAUUCCCGGAGUAGUAAGUCCAGCUGCUGGAGCAGCGGCGAUGAGAAGCGAGGAUCUGCCCGCUCCGAGCACAACGCCAGCUCCGGCACGAAGAGCCUCAUCCCGAAAGAGUCUCGGCUGGACACCUUCUGGGACUAGAGGCAGAUUGGGACACAAGCCACCCACUGCCUGGGGUAGAAAGCCCCAGACACUAGGGAAGUAGGAAACAGCAAAGAGCAGAGGAAGCACCUCCUUUCGCCUGGAGAAUCCUGACCUCCCGGAUGUGGCCCGACCCGGGCCGGAGUCGCGGCUGUCUACACUACACGGCGCCCAGCAUUAGCUUUACCGAGCCCCCUCCCGUGCUUUAGGUGUAAAUGAUGUACAUUGUGGAUGUCCCCGAGCCUAGAGUCCCCUCCCCUUUUUAUAUUUGUAUUGACUUUAACUUAUAAAAAAAACGAGAAGAAAAACAAUGAAAAAAACCAACAACAAAAGAAUGUCUGAUGCUGGAGAAGGGGUCGUCAGCUGCCUGCCUGUCACUCCAUGCUGUGGAGGCGGGGCCUGGGUAUUGCUGUCACGGGCAGGCCUUGUCCCUGGACACAGGGACAGCGAGCCUGCUGCUGCUCGGUCUGUCAGUGGCAGGUGGGCAUCGGGAGUCUGGCAUGGACACUGUCAAGGGUACAUCCCAUCAUGCCAUCGGCCCCAUCAUGCCAUCGGCCCCAUCAUGCCAUCGGCCCCUUGCGGAUACGACAUUAUUAUGUUACAAAACAUGACAGAGGACCUCCCCGGACCAGAGGACACAUGGAGAAGCUGGUUUAUUUUGUGUGAUCGAAAUGACAACUCUACUCCUCAAAGGGAAAAACAACGUCCGUGUUUACAGAAGAUGAACAGGAUCGAGCCCCGCUCGGCUCAGCGGCAGAAGAGAACACAGAAAGUGGUAGAGCCAGAAACUCCAAAACAGAGAAGUCUUUUCUUCGCUUUGUGAUUCCUUUAAACACACUCUCUCUCUUCACACACACACACACACACACACACACACACACACACUCACACAACUGAGAGAUGCUGGGCUUCUCAGAAGCGAGAACUCAAAGGCAAGACACACACACAGGACCCUCGAGUCUGGGAUGAAGCAUGUAUGUAUUUAUAUGAUGGAAUUUUGCGUUUCUAUGUAAGCAUGAAACAAAGGCAGUGUUGACGACCGCAAGACCCCGCCAUGCUGUCCGCGACACUACGUAUGCUGUAGUCCCAUUUUGUAUGUUGUGUAAAACAAAACGCAUCGAUCCACGCAACAGGCGAUGUAUGUAUAUGAGAAAAUUAACUGUACGAUAGCAUUCCAGUACGCUCUGUUGUACAUUUUCGUCUCGUUUCCUUUCUCUUCAUUGUUGAUACGAGGACGCGCACUGUACAGUUUCCAGCUAGUAACCCGUAUUAGAGAAGAAAUGAGAGAGUAUUAGAAGAAAACAGGAGAGAAAGAGCAUUUGUGAAUUGCAGUUGUCGAAAAAAAAAAAAUAGCCUAGCUGGCCUUAUUUGUGAAGCAUAAUUGCUUUUAGCAUAUGGAAGUAUUUUUUCACAUUUUCUUUGUAUAAAAUUUGUAUUAAACUUAAAUAUCUUUUUGA